AUGACCAUGGAUACGCAGAGCCUUCCCUGUGCCAGGGGCGGCCCCAGAGGCGGCCCCCGUGGGGGUAGCUGGGGGUGCGCGCCGCCCUCCCCGACCAGGCCGACUGCGGUCGUGGUGGCGGGGCUGGCCGUGCCCGUCAUCCGCGGCCCCCAGACUCCGGACCCGCGGUCCAGGACGAGGUCCAGGACGAGGUCCAGGACGAGGUCCAGGACGAGGUCCAGGACGAGGUCACGGUCCAGGUCACCGGAGAGCAGCGAGAGCGUGUCGUCCGAGUGCAGCCAGGACAGGCUGGACAGGCAGUUCGGACAGCACUUCAGCCCGGAGCCGCCGCCAGCCUCGCUCGCCCUCCGCGACGGCCUCGGCGUCGUCGGCUACCCCUACCCGUACGCCUACCAGUACUGCGACGUCCCGGCGCCGCCCCCUCUGGCGCCGCCCCCUCUGGCGCCGCCCCUGCCGAUGCCGGCGACCAGCGACGCCCUGGACGCGCUGGAGGCCGUGGCCACCCUGAGCGACCUGUACGCGCCGCAAGCCUACCCGUACCCGCUGCGACCGCUGCGGGCGUGGCUGCCUUGGCGGGGGCUGCCAGCUCCACCCCUCACCGCCCCCCACCGCCCCGCCCCCGCGCCGCCCCCGGGGCCCGCCCUCAAGUUCGGCAUGGACCGCAUCUUGGCCGAGGACGGCUGCGGCGCGACCGCCAGAAGAGGUGCAGCGGACUCAACAACGGCGUGCUCGAGGGACAUGGUGGCCUUCUCCAUGCCGGGUCUGCUGGCGCCCACCCCUCUCCGGAUCUACGGCCAUGGUGAGUACCGCCGGCAGCGUGAUCUAGCGACUAGCGACACCCUGGCCGGCGACACCCUGGCCGACGACACGCGGCACGGGGGCGGCAAGCGGAAGCGGUCCUGGUCGCGGGCCGUGUUCUCCAACCUGCAGCGCAAGGGGCUGGAGAAGAGGUUCCAGCUGCAGAAGUACAUCACCAAGCCGGACCGGCGGCAGCUGGCCGCCACCCUGGGGCUCACGGACGCGCAGGUCAAAGUGUGGUUCCAAAACCGGCGCAUGAAAUGGCGCCACACCAAGGAGUCGAAGCAGCAGCCGCCGCCGCGCUUGGACGACCUUCAGGACGACCUUUCGAAGCGAGACGUCAUGGCCGCCAUGCCGAGGAGUGGCGCUUCGUGAAACCGAUUCCUUGAACAGC